AUGCGUCGUAGUUCCGCAGUCCUGCCACUUACUACACUUAUUCCAAGCGCCCUUGUUCGUGUUUCCGCAUGCCUUCCAGCAAUACCCACCAGAGCACCCAUACGGCGCGUCCUUGUAGCGCGCCCGUUCCUGCAGCGCACCGAGGCCGUCCUAGAGAGCCCCCUCUACGGGGCUGAUGUCUGUGUCCACCGUGCUGUUGUAGAUCGAAGCAUCCACCGCGUCGAGCGGCGCCAGCGAUGCGCCCUUAACGUGCCGGUUUCGGCCGAGCGGGUGGUCCAGGCAUAUACGGACGUCGCUGGGGGCGACGCCCGCGGGGAGGUCGGCGGGUUCGACGGUCAUGACAUCGAGGUCGCCGCAUUCGACGACGGGGUUACCUUCCGCAGCUCACGGGGUGAGGGUCAGCGCGGAGAAGAGGGCGAACAUGCUGAUAAUGGUGAUGAAGAGCUUCAUCCUAGAUGCGGUGGCUAG